AUGGAACCUAUGGUUGCCGGUACGCUACCUGAUGAUCUGGUGGUUGAAAUCCUCUCCCGGCUGCCGUUCAAGUCUUUUUGCCGCUUCAAAUGUGUCUGCAAGCCCUGGCUUGCCUUCUCAUCUAAUCCAAACUACCAUGAGAACCUGCCGAAAAUUCCAACUGGCCUUUUCUGCCAAUACGAAGACCUUAAUAAGAAGGCUACGAAGCUUAUUGGCCAACCCCGAAAUGUGGAGCAAAUUGAUGGAGCACUUGGUUUCUUGCCACACUACCCACAACUGGAGCUUGUGGAUUGUUGCAAUGGCCUAGUCCUUUGCAUGCGUAGGAGCAUGGAUUGGAGCAAUCGUACAAUUAUCUACCACUUCAUUGUGUGCAACCCCGCAACACGAGAGUGGACAAAGCUGCCUGAUAGCCAUCCUUACCAAGAACAUGGUAUUUGUGAAGCAAUGUUGCUUUUCAACCCGUCAUGUUCCCCACAGUUCUAUGUCCUCAACUUUAAACGGGAUCCUUUAAGUUCGUUCUUGAGCGGGCUCGAGGUGUUUUCAUCCAAACUUUCCACAUGGCUUGUGUGUGAUGCAUGGUGGAAUUCUGGGAUGCCCACUGUUAUUGGAUACCGACACUUGUUCAUAGAUAGUUCACUUUAUCUGUUUAGUCUGCGGAGGAAUUCAAGGAGGAUCUUGGUGUUGAACGGCUUUGAGGCAAUGAGUUCCCGCAUACCGCCUAAUCGUCGGACUAUCAAGUUGCCAAACGACCCUUCUGUUGAGUCUCUGAAUGGCCUUUCCGUUGGUAUGUACACUCAAGGUUUCUUUGGACACUCUUUAGGGGCCUUGCACUUUGCAUUGCCAGAGGUGGAUGGGCGUGCGAUCCGGAUCUGGAGUCUCGAUGUUUCCGGGCCUUACAAGUGGAGUGUGAAGCAUCGUCUUAGUAUGAGAGAUGCAUUUGGAAGAGAUGACCUUGCUCACUAUGACUUCACACAACAAUGUCGGAAUUGCGCUUACAAGAUUGUCGCUCUCGACUUGGAGAGUGACGUCAUAUUCCUCCUUGACCAGGAAAACCAGCUUCGUUCGUACGCCAUCAGCACUGGGAAACUUCAUGAGCUAAAUGACAUUGAACAAGAUCAUGAGCAUAGCUAUGACAAGUUCUUUUAUUAUAUUGCAUCCGUGCCUUUUCCUUAG